AUGGAUAAUGCCAAUCUGUGGACUCGCCGAGCAAACUCUUCUAAACUGUCUUUGUCCAUGUCCGGAACAGACGGCAAGGACGGUGCCCGCGUUGACCUGCCCCGCUCAUCCAAACGAUUUGGUCCUGACAGCUCCCACGGCCGCUCCAAUCCAUUUAACGCAAUGUCCCCAAUGUCUACCGGUGUUUCGUCCCCCUCAACAAAUGCCUCAUCGGCUUUCGGCCUCGGCUCGGGGGCAUUCGCCUCAUUCGGUGCUCCCAAGACACCUGGCGGUUCUUCAGAAAUGUUGAAAACUCCGGGUGAGAAGCGCGAAUUCCUUGGUGAUCAUGAGGAUUUCUCUGGCGUCAAAGGACUGGUGCAGGAUUCAGUUUCUGGCCCCGGGGAUCAUCCGCUAAAGUCAACGUGGAUUGUCUGGUACCGUCCGCCCACACCAAAGUACUCCGACUAUGAAAAGUCGACAGUGCCUCUUGCCUCGAUGUUCUCAGUAGAGAGCUUCUGGGCUGUUUAUUCGCAUCUAAAGCGCCCUUCGUUACUGCCUACUGUUUCAGAUUACCAUAUUUUCAAAAAGGGUAUUCGACCUGUUUGGGAGGACGAGGCCAAUAAGCGUGGUGGAAAAUGGAUUGUGCGGCUGAAGAAGGGUGUUGCUGAUCGGUACUGGGAAGAUCUAUUGCUGGCGAUGGUGGGUGACCAGUUUGCAGAGGCUGGAGAUGAGGUCUGCGGUGCUGUACUGAGCGUGCGGGGUGGCGAGGACGUGUUGAGUGUAUGGACACGGAUUGACGGUGGCCGGAACAUCAAGAUCAGAGAAACUAUUAAGCGUCUGCUCGCCUUCCCAGCCGACACCAACAUUGUCUGGAAGAGUCACGAUGACAGCAUCGCUCAACGCUCUGCCAUUGAUCAAGCUCGUCAAGAGAAAGCAGCUUCUAACCCUGGAGCUCACCUAAGCAAUGAGCGCCGGCGCACCGGCCAUGAAGACUCGGAGAAAGUCAAGGGCUCCGCAGCCUUAUAA